GGAGGGUUGUGGGGAGGGGAGUGGGGCAGGGACUCCUGGAUCCGGGGCCCUCCUGCUGCACCCCUACCUGGCCGUGCAAUGAUGCUCUGCUUUCCCAGUGCUAUUCUCAGCCCCAGUGCCGUUCUCAGUGGUUCUCUGCCAGCCGGGUUUCCCUUCUCUGUUGGAAGUUGUCGGCCUAAAGGAGAAAUGCAGAUACUGCCAAUGUCCCUGCUGCCCCAGAGACGAGGAAAUUGGGGAUGGGGAGAUAAAGGGAUGGGCUGGCUUGCUGAGAGCUGGCAGCAAAGUUGGCAGGAGGAUUGGGGAGCUGAUUCCCUCAGGCACAGGCACAGGUGGGAUGGAGAGAUGGCCUCUGGGAGGGUUGGCUUUGUGGAUCAUGGGAGAGCUGAAAGAACUAUAUGCACUGACGCAACCUCAGGAAAACCCACAAUGGCUGCCAAGCGCAAAGGCGGCCUGAAGCUAAAUGCAAUCUGUGCCAAGCUGAGCCGCCAGGUUGUCUUCGACCACGGGGGAGCCGAGCAGGCGCGUGCGGACAAAGGGCCGCAGCGGGAGAGCAGCAACAAGGACCUGCCUCAGCCCGGGACCAAGGAGCCAGGAACUGAGUUUUCAGACGGACUCAGCCACGUGCAGAAGAUCGAGGAGGACAAGAGGAGGGAGGUGAUCGAGAAGUGGGUGAACGGGGAGUACGAGGAGCCUUUGCUGGGGCGGGCCGAGGGCAAGGAAUGUCGGGGCGCCGAGGGUGCGGAGGUGCCGCCUGAAGGGGUCUACAUGGUGCAGCCCAAGGGCUGCAGCGACGAGGAGGACAACGGGGACGAGGCAGACGCGCUGCGGGGCUCGCAGGAUGGCACCUUCCUGGACGACAGGGAUUCCGACGGGGCAGCCUCCAAGGAUGACGCCUACCGGGCCUCCAGCGAGGCGGCCUCCAAGCUGGGAACCACCUCAGGGGAAGCUUCGUCGCUGCGAGAUUACGCCGCCACCACCAUGAAUGAAUUCCUGGGCAUGUUUGGCUACGAUGACCAGAACAUGCGGGAUGAGCUGGCCCGCAAGAUCAGCUUCGACAAGCUGAACGCUGCUACCUCAGAGGCCACCGCGGCUGCAGCCUCUCUCCCUGGCGAGGAUGCCAUGAGCAAGCGAGCUCGAUUCUCCAAGUACGAGGAGUACAUCCGCAAGCUCAAGGCUGGAGAGCAGCUCUCCUGGCCCAUGCACUUGGCCAAAUCUGAGGAGCUGGGCUCCAAGCUGGGCAAAGAAGCUUCCUCGGUGCUGGCACAGCCCAUUCGGCUCCCAGGUCCAGAUGCCUCCAUGCUGACGGAGACCAAAGCCACCAUCCUGCCGCUGCCCUCGCCCAGCAGUUCCCAGAUGCAGGGCCUGAUGUCACGGGCCUCCAAAUACGACUUCUUCAUUCAGAAGCUGAAGACGGGUGAGAGCAUCAGGCCACAGAACGGCAACACUUACAAGAAGGCCUCCAAGUAUGACCUAGAAAACGUCAAGUACUUGCACCUUUUCAAGCCUGGGGAAGGCAGCCCAGACAUGGGAGGAGCCAUCGCCUUCAAGACAGGCAAGGUGGGCCGGCCUUCCAAGUACGAUGUGAGGAACAUUCAGAAACUCACUCAGGUGAAAGCUCCAACACCCAGCCUGGCCCCUACUCCUCUCGCCAGCACCCCCAGCAGCGCUCCCAUGGCUGGGCCCGAGCAAGCCGUCUCCUUGCCAUUCAACACUCCCGAGUACCUGAAGUCAACUUUCUCCAAGACAGACUCCAUCACAACUGGAACAGUCUCUACAGUGAAGAAUGGAUUACCUACUGACAAACCGACCGUCAGCGAAGAUGUAAAUAUUUACCAGAAGUAUAUUGCCAGGUUUUCUGGCAGCCAGCACUGUGGACACAUACACUGUGCAUACCAGUACCGAGAACAUUACCACUGCCUUGACCCAGAGUGCAACUACCAGAGAUUCACUAGUAAACAGGAUGUGAUUCGGCAUUACAACAUGCACAAGAAACGUGAUAAUUCCCUCCAGCACGGCUUCAUGCGCUUCAGCCCCUUGGAUGACUGCAGUGUGUACUAUCACGGCUGCCACCUGAAUGGGAAAAGCACACACUACCACUGCAUGCAGGUGGGCUGUAACAAGGUCUAUACGAGCACCUCUGACGUGAUGACCCAUGAGAAUUUCCACAAGAAGAACACACAGCUCAUCAACGACGGGUUUCAGCGGUUCCGGGCCACGGAGGACUGUGGCACUGUGGAAUGCCAGUUCUACGGGCAGAAAACCACUCAUUUUCACUGCAGGCGACCUGGGUGCACCUUCACCUUCAAGAAUAAGUGUGACAUUGAGAAGCACAAGAGCUACCACAUCAAAGAUGAUGCCUACGCCAAGGAUGGCUUCAAGAAGUUCUACAAGUAUGAGGAAUGCAAGUAUGAGGGCUGUGUCUACAGCAAGGCCACCAACCACUUUCACUGCAUAAGGGCAGGCUGUGGAUUCACCUUUACCUCCACCAGCCAGAUGACCUCCCAUAAACGCAAGCACGAGCGCCGGCACAUCCGCAGCUCAGGAGUGCUGGGCCUGCCUGCAUCUCUCCUGGGACCCAAGGAUAAUGAGCAAGAGGAGUCCAGUAAUGACGACCUUAUUGACUUCUCUGCAAUGAGCUCAAAGAACUCCAGCCUGAGUGCCUCCCCCACCAGUCAGCAGUCUUCCGUUUCUCUCAUAGUCCCAGCUGCACCCUCCUCUGCUGCUGAGCUUGCUUCCUCACAGGUCAGCAAGCCUGCCAACAGCAUGACACCAGCCACCAAGAUCUCCGGCCUGCUCUCCCAGGCUCUUCCCAGCAAUAUACCCUUGGCUCUGGCACUCUCCAACUCAGCGCUUCCUGGAGCGGCUGGAUCCUUCUUCCCCAUCAUCCCCAGCCGGGUCUCCACACCGCUUCCUGCCAGCUCCGCUAACCUGAUGACUGCUGGUUCUUCUGGCGCCAAUCCAACGUCAUCUGCUCCCACAGAUUCCUCAUCCCAGGCCGUCUCAGGAUCUGGUGAGCCUUCGGCUACUUCUUCUCCAGCUCCAGUGGCAUCCAUAAUGGAAAGGAUCUCUGCCAGCAAGGGGUUAAUCUCCCCAAUGAUGGCCAGGCUGGCGGCGGCUGCACUCAAGCCCUCUGUGGCACUUGAAGCAGGGAAUGGACAAGCAGCAGCUCCCGGGCGGUUCAACCCGGUCCAGGUGAAGCAGGAGCCAGCGGAGGCCAUGGGAUCAUCCUCUGCCGCCGGGCAGGAGUCCUUGCAGGAGCACAGCUUGGACCUGAGCGUCAAGGACCACGGUAAUGAAUCAAAUGGCCACACAGUCUCGGCAAAUUCAUCUCUUUUAUCCUCGCUUAUGAAUAAGAUGUCCAAGACCAGUGCCAGCCUUGGCAACCUGCUGAACAUUAAGACAGAAGGAGAUGGCAGCCAGGCUGGGGCUGGGGAGCCAACGCAGUACUUGGGCAAGGCAGUGAAGGCGCUGGUCCAGGAGAAGCUCUCCGAGCCAUGGAAGAUGUACCUGCGCCGGUUUGGUACCAAGGAUUUCUGCGAUGCGCAGUGCGACUUUCUGCAUAAGGUGCAUUUCCAUUGUGUCGUGGAGGAAUGCGGUGCCCUCUUCAGCACCUUGGAUGGAGCCAUCAAGCACGCCAAUUUUCACUUCCGAACCGAGGGUGGGGCUGUGAAAAGCAACUCUGAGUCUCCCUUCUCAACUGCUACUGACAGUAAGGCUUCACUGGGCCCUUCGUCACCAUCCGCUACAUCUGCCACCAUGGCGAGCGCUCCGGCCCUCGACGUGCCCACCCCAAGCCCAGCAACUGUGCCCUCUGCCCCCACACUGCUAGCUUGGAAGCAGCUGGCUUCAACCAUACCCCAAAUGCCUCAGAUCCCAGCAUCAGUGCCUAACCUGGCAACCUCACCCUUGGCUACGACUUCCCUGGAGAAUGCCAAGCCUCAGGUCAAACCCGGAUUUCUCCAGUUCCAGGAGAACGAUCCCUGCCUGGCAACGGACUGCAAGUAUGCCAAUAAAUUCCACUUCCACUGUCUCUUUGGGAACUGCAAGUAUGUGUGCAAAACCUCUGGCAAAGCAGAAUCCCACUGCCUGGACCACAUCAACCCUAACAAUAAUUUGGUGAACGUGCGAGACCAGUUUGCUUACUAUUCACUGCAGUGUCUCUGUCCAAACCAGCACUGUGAAUUCAGGAUGAGAGGGCAUUACCACUGCCUUCGUCCUGGCUGCUACUUCGUGACUAACAUCACCACCAAGCUGCCCUGGCACGUGAAAAAACAUGAGAAGGCAGAGAGAAGGGCAGCCAACGGCUUCAAGUAUUUCACCAAGCGGGAAGAGUGUGGCAGAUUAGGUUGCAAAUACAACCAGGUGAACAGCCACUUCCACUGUAUUCGAGAAGGCUGCCAGUUCUCCUUCCUGCUGAAGCACCAAAUGACAUCCCAUGCCAGAAAGCACAUGAGAAGGAUGCUGGGGAAGAAUUUUGAUCGUGUUCCUACUCAGGUUAUUGGCCACACUCCAAGAAAUGAAAAUCUCCCCCAGGUUGGCAGCAUGGCACCCAGCCCAGCCUCAUCAGGAACCCCAGCUUCCUUUCAGGGACCCCCGAGCAUGAUGGACACUGAGACAGAUGAGUACAUGGAUUACACUGGCUGUAGCCCUGGGGGGAUCUCUUCUGAAUCUUCCAAUAUGGACCGCAGCUGCUCCAGCACUCCAGUGGGCAAUGAAAGUACAUCAGCAGGGAAUACCAUCACUAUGCCAACUGCCUCGGGGGCCAAAAAGCGCUUCUGGAUUAUUGAGGACAUGUCCCCAUUUGGCAAGCGCCGCAAGACUGCGUCCUCGCGCAAGAUGCUGGAUGAAGGGAUGAUGCUGGAGGGAUUUCGGCGCUACGACCUCUACGAGGACUGCAAGGACUCCAGCUGCCAAUUCUCUCUCAAGGUUACCCACUACCACUGCACGCGGGAGAAUUGUGGCUAUAAGUUCUGCGGCCGUACCCACAUGUAUAAGCACGCCCAGCACCACGACCGCGUUGACAACCUGGUAUUGGAUGAUUUCAAGCGCUUCAAGUCUUCGCUGAGCUGCAACUUCCCAGACUGUCAGUUCUCUGGCAAUAGCACACACUUCCACUGUCUGCGUUGUGGCUUCCGCUGCACUGACAGCACUAAGGUGACAGCCCACCGUAAGCACCACGGCAAGCAGGAUGUCAUCAGUGCUGCCGGCUUCUGCCAGUUCAGCUCGAGCGUGGACUGCGAGGUGCCCGACUGCAAGUACAAACUCAAGUGCUCCCACUUCCACUGCACCUACCCUGGCUGCAAACACACGGUGGUGGGCAUGUCACAGAUGGACUCGCACAAGCGCAAACAUGAGAAGCAGGAGCGAGGGGAGCUGCCUGCCAUCUCUCCUGGCCCUGAAGGCCUCGCCCACUCCACUCUCGAGUACGAUAUCCAGAACUCUUCCAUCAACCUGGACAGUUCCCUCAACCUCAGCACUGACAACAACAGCUCCCUCUUCUUCCUGCAGAACGCGGCUGGCGUGGGCCUCAAUGACUCCCUGGACCUCAGCAAGAAGCAGUCAGAAGUCGCUGAAGGGCCCUCCCCGAGCAGAGCCGGGACCGCCCCACAGGAGCCGGGGGCAGCGGCAUCAGGCUCUGGUGAGGUGGAGGACGAAGAUGACUCUUCCCAAGAGGAUGAAGAGGACGAUGAGGAGGAGAUGAACGAAGAAGAAGAGGACGAUGAAGAGGAGGAUGACGACGAUGACGACGAGGAGGAUGAUGAAGAGGAAGACCUGAACACAGAUUCUGAAGAAUCGCUGCCUGACCCUGAGGGCCUGGCCACUAAAGAUGAUGGGGAACCAGAGGAGGGUGCUGCUUCUUCCACAGACCACGGUGAUGCUUCCAGGCCGCAGGACGAGGCAGCUCCUGCCCUUCCUCCAGCCUCAGCUCCUGCUCCGGCUCCCGCUGCUGCCAUAGCCUCUACGGUUGCUCCAGCAGCUUCUCCUUAAUCCUAGAGACAACAGCAGCAGUGGUUUGGUUUUGCUCUUACACAGAAUUACUUAGGGGACCCCACAUGAGGCAAGAACAAAGAUUGGGACGGCAAAUGAAAUACAAACUCCGUGCCACACACACGAGAGAGAGGAAGGAAGGAAACCUAUACUCCACAGGCCCCGUAAGACAGACAGGUUCGCAGCGGGACUGGUGCUGCAUCGCUUCAUUCUGCAGAUCACAGAACACAGGGGCAGGAUGCAGCAAAAAGUACCCUUUUAUACGGACAUGAACCUCGAGGGUACCAGCUGCUUUUCCUUGUCUCCCGAAAGGUGCAUGGGGCCUGCGCCCAUCUGGGGACCCUUUGUUAUGGGUGGGGUUCUGUCCCCCCAUUUUUCUUUCUGGGUUUUAUUUUUCCAUGUUUUCAGUUGUACGAUAUUAAUAAUAAUCUCCACUUCUUGGAGGGGGGUGGGUGGGAACAACAGGUAAUGAAUUGUAGUAAUAUAUAUUUGUGUGUGUGUCUCUUCUAUAUAUAUAAUGUACACACACACACACAUAUAUAACAUGCGAGGAAUUGGUGUCACAAAGACAACUAGCUCAGCUUUUGCCGGUGGGAAGGAGGGGGCGAGGGGUGCUCUCUCUUCCCCAUCUUUCUCCCUCUCUCUCUCUCUCUCUCUCUCUCUCUCUUCUUUCUCCAGCAUUAAAUGGAUGGCAUCAGACAGCAGAGGGUGGGAGUGGGUAUUUAUUGUCACGCAAAUGAGGACGCAUUAAUGAAUGAGCAGGGGUGGGAAUGGGACACUCCUCUGUUCUUCCAGAUCCUUUUUACUAUUAAUGAUAAUAAUUUUGAAUGCUAUUUAUAUUGUAAAACUUUCUCUGUCUCCAGCUGUAAGGCACCUCUCCCCAUCCCUGCUGUUCCGCCUGUAGGGAUUGAGCUGAAGUAACUCGGGAAGGGCACAGCGGGCAGUUAAAGGGUUUGUCACACUGGAGGACUGGGGUUCAACUCCCAUCCAGUUCCAUCUCAUCCCAACCCCAGGUGCUUUCCCUCUGUUGAGGGUGAGGCUUUUUUUGUGGUGCUUCAGUAUCCCCAUCUCAGGAGGACUCUGUAGAGUCAGGAGGUUGUGAGCUGACACUCUGUGCCACGGUGCAGCACAAGGAGCACUGUGCUCACAGGAGAGCGUCCCAGCCGUUAACGCAGCCUUGAAAAUACUACUUGCUCUCUGACCCACGCAGUCGCACGAUGACAGGUAAUGUCCCCACCCCAGGCCCUCCUCCCCUGCCUUUCACGGGAGAUGGGCACGGCUUUCUGCACAGACUGAAAUGUAGCUCUGGUGACUUCCAGAAGAGGGUGAAGGCACCACUGAACAGAAGAAGGCAGGCAGGCAUUCAGGAUCCCAUGUGGGACGUCCCACUCCUUUGCUCAGCACUGAGUGGGGACCGUUCUGCAGCACCCGCAGAGCCAAUUGCCCAGCCUUGGUUCUUGCAGCCACAAAACAUGAGGCUGUCGCAACCUACACAGCACAGAAAGAUGUGGGGAGAUGCCAGCAGAGGCCAGGAUGCAGUCCAGCUA